GGUAUUAUAGAGACUGUAUUUUAGAGACUAGUAUGUAGAAGGUAUGACCUAUAGAGAGUGCACUAUAUAGAGAGACUGUAUUAUAGAGAGUGUAUUAUAGUAUAGAGACUGUAUUAUAGAGAGUGUAUUAUAGUAUAGAGGCUGUAUUUUAGAGACUGCAGUAUGUAGAAGGUAUUAGAAAGACUAACCUAUAGAGAGUGCACUAUAUAGAGAGACUGUAAUAUAGAGAUUGUAUUAUAGAGACUGUAGCAAUGCUAAACAUAUGUUGGAGUAUUAUUUAUUAUGUAAUAAUGCACAGAGAUUUCAUGUUAAAUAGAUUAAUGUAACGAUACAUAAAUAUCAUUUUACAAUAGAUUAUAAUCUAAUAAAUCACAUCCUAUUUUAAAUAGAGACAGAAGACUGUAGAGCUCACAGUGACACCUAGUGUACACACCUUCACAUUACACCUUUACAAAUCUAACGACAUCACCUGGGGGUUUUACUCCAGAAAGCAGGUUAUGUGACAUACCGGGUAGAUCUGAGGGUAAGUGAGCAGAUAUCCUCAGCCUUCGGUUCCAAAAACAGAGGUAACUUUCAGGGUAUGUAAGUAGCCAUAGUAUCUUAAUCUCUGAACAUAUUUUAAUUUCUGUCACAGCAGAAGUGUGGUGUCUUCAUCUUCAUCCUACAGUGCAAACAAAGUAAAAGUGUUUGGUCUCUCAGUCAGAAACGUGAAGACCUACAGACAUUGUAAACAGAGUGUGGUGUUACAGGAGGCUCCAAUAAUACAACGUGUCCAACAGCAACUGCAUGACCAUUAAACCAGAAAGAAACCCAGUGUAUAUUCUCAAAUAAACACAACGAAUAAAGACAUGAGGAACAUGUAAGGAAGAAGAUUACAGCAUAUACAGUCAAAUAAAACAAACGUGUUAAAUGCACAAGUAAAACAAUGACAAAAUUACCUUUUUAAUGGUGUUUUGAUUUGAUUGAUUGAACCCUGUUAAAAGCAGUAAAAAGUCACAAGUAAUAUUAUGAUACAAUGAACUAAGACACUGUCUUAAAAAUAUGUAUUUGUACUCUGGGUUACAUUAACUCUACAGUAACUCUACAGUAACUCCACAUUAACUCUACAGUAACUCUACAUUAACUCUACAGUAACUCUACAUUAACUCUACAGUAACUCCACAUUAACUCUACAGUAACUCUACAUUAACUCUACAGUAACUCCACAUUAACUCUACAUUAACUCUACAGUAACUCUACAUUAACUCUACAGUAACUCCACAUUAACUCUACAUUAACUCUGCAUUAACUCUACAGUAACUCUACAGUAACUCUACAGUAACUCCACAUUAACUCUACAGUAACUCUGGGUUACCAAUAAGAGGUAGUUUAACUCUACAGUAACUCAUCACUGGUAGUUUGGAACAGAAACCCACAGUAAACAAGUUCAUGGUUAAUCCAGUUCAGGGGACAUGUGACGGUAAAUUAAUCUUAAUUUGGAUUAAGCCCUUGUUUUUGUCUGAUCUGUCAUAUUUUCUGUAUCCAUAUUUAAUACUCACACUGUCUAUACUGUCUCACAUUGUUUUGUCUUGUCUGUUUUGUCUUGUAGAGUCUAAGCUGAAUGUAUAGGUUUUUAUUUAUGUCUGUACUUUGAGAGUCACUAACAGCUGGAACCAAAUUCCUUGUGUGUCAACAUACUUGGACAAUAAACCUGGUUCUGAUUCAGAUCUUUGCUAAAUUAAUGAAUGAAAUAAUAAGAUUAUAUGGUCUGGUGAUUAAAAUAUGAUAUUAAAUGAGUAAAAUGUAAUAUGUAUUGAUUUUUUUUUUAAAUAAUAAACAUUUAUAAUAGAACAAUUUUCUGUAAAACUACAUAUCCCAUUAUCAUGACGUCACUUCCGGUUUCGUUUUGUCAGCGCGCUACACUGCUGAAAUGAAAUGUUUUAUAAACGUGUUUUUAACGUCGCUGGAAGUCACGUGAAGAGUGAUGAAAUAAAGAGAAUUAAAGUGUGUUGAAGUGAAAGUGUUGCUGUGGGUGUUGAUGAUGAUUUAUACUCCUGUUUGUUGUGGUGUUUACGGUAAAUCUGACAGGGUCCUGACUUUGGCUUUGGAUCCAAAUGUUCACAAGUCUGGAGAUAAAAAUCCCUGGGCUUCUUUUUUUCAUGUGUUUGUAUCUGAUGGUUUUUGUAAAAUGGCGAAUGAGAAAGUUUUAAAGUUGAAUCUGACUUUAUGGAGAAUCUGUAACUUUAUAAUGUCCGGAUUUUUCUCUUUAGCCGCUUAUGUACAGAUUAACGACCCGGACGCCGGCCUGUGGAUGGUCGGCUACACGAUUCCUGCAGGCCUGUGCUUUUUAAUCAGCUUUUGGCCACAAAUAACAGAGACCCUGGUGUGGAGGAGAGUCGCGGAUCUGCACGUGAUGAUGGCGACGGCGUUUGGUGCUCUGCUGGGCUGCAGUCUGUAUAAACACGGAGUUACUCACAUCUUCCACCAGGAGGAGGGCAGAGAGUUUUGUGGCCUGAUGCUGAUGGUGAUGUGGCUGCUCAUGUGUCGGCACUCGGGACGUGGUGUUGGAGCUUUGAGACUGUGCACUGCCGUGGCCAUCACCGCCUUCCCCAUCAUCACAUGGAUCUACUACUACAUCCAUAAAGAGCUGAGAGCCGACUGGCCUUCACACUGCACCACCACACUGUAACACACUGCUCCGGUUCUCACACACACACACACACUGUUUAACACUAAAACCCUGAGCAUGUGUGUUUGAGUGAACAGUGACUUGCUGUAUAAUGUAUAUUUUAUAUAUUUUGCCAAACAAUAAAAUAAAACAUUCCACUUUUUUUCUAUUUUUGUCUAAAUGGAGUUUAUUGAUCAGAAAUAUAACGUUCUGUUGAAGGAUCAGUCACGAUGCUGCUUGUGAGGGAGAAUUAACUCCAUAAAGGUGUGAACAUGCAGGAGAUAUUACUAGAGUUCAGAUUUAAUGAGCUUCAAUAAAAUAACGUGUUUGUACUGUCACUUUUGGAUGUUUGUAGAUUGCAGAACUGCUCAAUGUGAAAGCAGAACCUUUCACUGUGUGUGUGUGUGUGUGUGUGUGUGUGUGUGUGUGUGUGUGUGUUUGAGAGACCACAGCAAAUGGUGAAGCACAGACCCAAACAAUCAUGGCUUCCUCUAGAACAGGAUGUGUGGUCACUGUAAUUCUGCUGUGGAGGCAGAAGUGCAAAUCCAUCCACAUCUGCCUCUUUCACACCAACUACCUGCAUGUCUUCAUUCACCACAUCCAUAAACCUCCUUCUUGGUCUUCCUCUUUUCCUUCUUCCUGGUGUCUCCAUCCUCA